UUUCAACUUCGCACUUGUAUCAGACAGUUGUCUCAUUCUUAGUUUAUACUGCUGUUAUAUAUCGUCUUCUUACUUGCACUUUUACAGCUGAGUUCACUGCCAGAUUUCGACGCUUCAUUCACUGGAGUGAUACAAAAGAGAAGGCAGUGGCCGAUAAAAAUCGACCACAAAAUCUGCAAACAACAACAAAACAUUUACGUUAACAGAGAAGCCUGUCAACGGGCAAAGAAAACUGAAAACAAAAAGCUGUGCUGGGCUUCGCCGCACAGAUGCGGACUGCACGGAGAAAAAAAUCGAAUAACGACGAAACCGACGCAAAAGCGAAAAGUAGUGAAACAGCAAAAAGGUGGAUUGGUGCUUUGCCAGAGGGCAGUAAAGAGAAUUUGGAUAAAGCGAAAACUUGUAUAUUUUCGCGAAAAUCUGUGCACUGAGCAAGUAAAGUUUGUAUCAGCAUUGUUAUCGAUUGAUUAGGGAGUAAUUUCUCCUGGAAGAAAAAGCAACAAAAUUGUGCGAAAACAGCGUAAAAGUAAAAAAGUUGCACUCGUCGCGUCUAGGAAGAACGGAACAAAAGCGGCUGGAUCAGAGGCUAGUGGAAAUAGUGGUGCAAAGAGUGAAGAUAGCUAUAGUGACGGCCGGUGUGCUGUUGAUUCGAACGUUAUCGUUGUCGGUGUUGGUGUUGGUGUUGGAAGUGCCUGUGUUAAUAGUGUUAGUGUCGUUGACGUGCGGUGUACCAAAUACGAAGAUAGCCAAGAAACGGCAAGGCUUAUUCAAAGUGACGGGAAUAGUGCAUCAAGAGUUGCUGGAGCAACAACGACAACGAAAAAGGCUGGUCGAACAGUCUCUAGAGGGGUUGCGGGUGGAACGGUAACAGCAUCAGCUGAAGUUGUAACCGGUAGUGUAAGUGGUCGCUGUGGUGGUAGCGGUAAUAGUAGUAGUAGUCGUAGUAGAGCCAGCGCCGGCGCAGGCGCAUACCCAGAAGAAAAGCAGCUGACCGCAACGCCACCACUACGCAGGACACGCAGCCAACAGCAGCUGCAAAAAGGGUACGAGGAGGCGAGUGGGAGUGGAACUAGUGGUGCAGCAGGUUGUAGUAGUGGUGUACAACGCACGCAAGCUGCUCCAGCAGCAGCAGGUGCUGUUGGCCAGGGCUGCGAGUUGACGACAACUAUGGCGGAGACGGGCUGUAAACACUUCCAGGCGUACGUGAAGGAGCAAAGUUUAGAUACGUUUCGCAUAAUUGAUGCAUACUUUUCGGCGUGUGUGAAUAAAGAUGCACGAGAGAAAAAGGCACUUUCCUGCUGUUGCUUUGAAUGCGGCAGUUAUGGCCUACAGGUAUACGCCUGCCUUCACUGCAUCUACUUUGGCUGCCGGGGCGCACACAUCGCUACACACCUGCGUGCAAAAAAGCAUUCAAUUGCAUUAGAGCUGUCACAUGGCACAUUGUAUUGCAAUUCAUGCCGAGAUUUUAUCUAUGAUAGCCGGUGUAGAGAGAUAGCAACUAUCAAUCGACGUUUAGAAGCGAAAGAUCUAUGCAAAAGCCUCAGCUGGCAGCCAUGGAUACCAACGCCGAAAGAGACGAACUUAUUAUUGGCCAAUCCGAGACGUCGACAUGUGCGUGCCAACGAGACAAUAGGAUUACGCGGCUUAACAAAUAUCGGCUCCACGUGUUUUAUGAAUUGCAUUGUGCAGGCAUUAAUACACACACCACUGCUAUCUGAAUAUUUCUUAUCGGAGCGACACGAAUGUAACGCGAAAUCAUCAUUGAAUUGUCUUGUGUGUGAGGUUUCUCGCUUAUUUCAGGAAUUCUACAGUGGUUCACGCUCGCCUUUAUCAUUGGAUCGGCUACUGCAUUUGAUCUGGAAUCAUGCAAAACAUUUAGCCGGCUAUGAACAACAAGAUGCACAUGAAUUUUUUAUUGCCACGCUGGACGUGCUGCAUCGGCAUUGUAUUAGAGCAAAGACAGAAUGUGAGAGUGCCAAUAAACAGAAUAAUGCCUCAUCGUCUGGCGGAAGCGGUACUGGUGGUGGCAGUGGUAGUGGAAAUCAACAUGCGAACAGUAAUGCAAAUGUGAAUAGUAAUUGCCCAACACAGUGUAACUGUAUAAUAGAUCAAAUUUUCACUGGCAUGCUACAGAGUGAUGUCGUGUGUCAGGAGUGUAAAGGUGUUUCCACAACUAUAGAUCCCUUUUGGGAUAUAUCACUGGAUUUGGGUGAGACAGCACAUGGUGGUACAACGCCAAAGACGCUAAUCGAUUGUUUAGAGCGUUAUACACGUGCCGAACAUCUCGGUGAAAAUGGUAAAAUCAAAUGUUCCACCUGCAAAUCAUACCAAGAGUCGACGAAGCAGUUUAGUCUACGUACACUGCCCAGUGUAGCGAGUUUUCACUUGAAGCGUUUCGAACAUGUAUCCCUAUCGAUCGACAAAAAGGUUUCCACGGUCAUCUCAUUUCCCGUCGAGUUGGAUAUGACACCGUUCAUGUCAGAGAAAACCAAUGCAUAUGGAGAUUUUCGCUAUUCCCUCUAUGCGGUGGUCAAUCAUAUGGGCACCAUCGAUUCGGGCCAUUACAUUGCCUAUGUGCGUCAUCAUAAAGAUACGUGGGUAAAGUGUGAUGAUCAUAUUAUUACAACGGCGACAUUGAAGCAAGUGCUGGACAGUGAAGGCUAUUUACUAUUUUACCACAAGAACAUUUUGGAAUAUGAAUAGACUGGUUAAACAUAAUAAUAUUAUAUUAAUUAUAAAUAAUACAACAACAAACUACUACUCUUAGUACUACAUAUAUGACAACAACAAGCAUACAAAUACAAAUAAAUAUAAAACGUACCAUAGCAGACUACAUUUACAAUUACAACAAAAAAAACAAACAAACAAAUAAUUAAGCUAUUAUUAAUAAUAAAUGCCGUAAACAAACAGCUGAAAGUGAAGAGAAGAUGCAGAAGCAGAAAGCAAAAAUACAUAAGCACAUGCGUUACUACGAAAAUAAAACAACGUUUAUGGAACUUUAUCUGACUGACGGAUCAUGUGUUUUUCGUGUUAGCGCGAUGUUGGUGUGUACGAGACUUAAAUUCUAAUGCCAGCGAGCGCGUAGCAGCUUAUCAAGAGCAAGCUCAUAUUUUCCAGCCUUAAGACCAGCAGCAGCAGAGCUAGCAACAAUUAAAGCGCAGUAGCAGUAGCAGCAGCAAUAAAUACUUCUCUGAUGCUAAAUAUGGUUUAACUAUAAAAAAAGAAAUAGUGUAUACAAUCUCUAAACAUAAUUUUUAUUUAUUCUAAAAAAGAAAUAUUAUAAAUGAAAGAAAACAGAAGCAAAAAAGUAUUGUUAGUCACUUUUGUGGCUAUUUUAUUUUUUUGCGUUAUUUCG